AGCGACACCCACAAUUUGAUCAUGAUUAGUCCAGAAGUAUAGGGCAGUAGGACAACAAGAAAAAGCAUCAUUGAACAAGCAAUAAGGAGUAACUGAAACAAAUGACAUGCACAUCCAUUCAAAUUCUUAACAUAGAAAAGAAGGGACACGGAGAACACUACCAGAGAAAGGUUGGUCCAGCCCAGAUCGCGUCAUAUUUCCGUAAACACGCAAAAACCCAUCCUGUAACGGAGCGACGACCACGAGUACCAAAAAACCCUAACCCGCGCUAAUCAUGUCGAAACCCUAACGAAAUUCCAUGGACUGCGGGUUGAACGGAAAAAUCCUUUCUCGGCGGCCGAGAUUCGGCAGAAUAAGAAGAAAGCAUUAUCGGGAUUUCGAAUUUUCCGAAGAGGCACAGAAGGAAAUCAGGCGGGGGAAUUACCAAACUGAAAAUCUCCGACGCGAAGCAGACAUUAUCAGGAACACGCUUAACGAACGAUCGAACCCCUCUUCUCCACUCCACCGCCUCUAGCCGAGCCCUCUCAAAACUCCAAUCCAGAUUCCAAAGUACAGUAACCGUUGCAGAAGGGCGGGCAACAGUGCUAUUAAUAGUGCAGAGUUACCACCUCAUGACUCAUGAGAUGAUUAACGCGGGUAAAAUGCGGAGUAGAGGAAAUUACUACGGUGCCCUUCACUAAUCUUCAUUAUUGCAAACAAUGAGCAACAAUUUCCCCAAAAUGCCCUUAUUUUUAGGUUCCAAAAUGUUUAAUUAUAGCGUGGAGAGAAAGCGUUUAAUUGGGCCGUCACCUGUCAGGACUUAGACACCCGGUGGGCUAGUGGAGUUUACAUUUGGGCCCGAACCAAUUAAUUGUCUAUUUUUAUAAUAAUAAAUAAAUAUUAUAUAAUUCUAUCCAGAGUAACUUACUGCUGUAACAUAUAUUUUGGUCCUUAUCGAGUUGGGCUGGGCCCCAGCCCAACCAAGCUGGCUCGCUACCUCACUUCCGUCUCCUCUUCUCUCGGACUGUUAAUUCAGUUCGGAACUCUCAAGUCUCAACGCCUUCCCUCUUCUUCCCAAAACUCUGCUCUGUCCUGCUUCAAAGGUUCCGGCCGGCUUGACUUUCAACUUGUCGGCAGCAAUGGCAUCAACGUCGUCUCCCUGCGUUAAGCCCAACACUGUAGCUACGGCUGCACGUAUUCCGUCGCAACCGCCGGACUCAGCUCAACCUCAGAGGCUCUCCUUCCCUAUCGUUUCCCACCCUUCCCUCUCUCUCUCCCUCCGACCUACAUUCUCUGGUUUUCAGUGGCCCAGCAAGAAGCUGUCUUCUGUAACAAAAGUGCACGCACAAGCGAACAAGUUAUCUGCUGAGGAAUCUUCGAAUUCUUCUCCUCCGGCAGACAACAAUCCUGAAGGUAUGAUUCCAGAUGCAGCGACGGUGUCAGAGUGCAUGGCUCAAGUAGCAGACCUUGUCAAGCUUGUGGAUAAGAGAGAUAUUGCAGAGCUGAAACUGAAGCAAAUGGACUUUGAACUUAUCAUAAGGAAAAAACAGGUUUUGCCACCUGCUGCUCCUUUCAUGAUGAUGCAAUCACCAUAUCCACAAGCCAUGGCACCACCACCACAGCCACAACCAACAGCUUCUCCUGCUCCUGCAGCUCCAGCUUCAGCACCUAGCUUGCCUCCUGCUGCAAAGACUAGCUCGUCUUCUUAUCCACCACUGAAGAGUCCAAUGGCUGGCACCUUUUAUCGCUGUCCGGGCCCAGGCGAACCACCAUUUGUGAAGGUAGGAGACAAGGUGCAGAAAGGUCAGGCCCUCUGCAUCAUCGAGGCCAUGAAGUUGAUGAAUGAAAUCGAAGCUGAUAAGUCUGGAACAAUAGCUGAAAUUUUGCUUGAAGAUGGAAAACCAGUUAGCUUGGACACGCCUUUGUUCGUAAUUGUACCAUGAAGGACAGCGGAUGAACUUCUCACCUCUGUCCGCGGCAAGCAGCACUGGAGAAACUUUUGAGAAGUUGAACUUCCCUAGUCAUAUUCUGAGCUUGCAGCUUGUAGUAUAAGCCUGUUUUUUUUAUCAAUGCAGGGGAAACUUGUUUCCUAUUGCAAUGUACUAGAAGCCUCGGAAGACUUUAUUUAAGAACAACUGUUUUUGGAGUGAAAUUUUGGUAAUUUAUCAUGUAAAAUUACACUUUUUUUUUUCCUCCAGUUGUGAACUAGAGUUCUGAAACAGUUUUUCAUGUGUACAUAGCUUAUGAUUCCCAAAUCAGUAGAGACAAUGGAUGAAGAACAUAUCUUAAAAUUUGUAUCAAAUUCCGUUUAAAGUGAGACCUUCAACCGAUGCUGUUGGUGAAAGCACUAUUGAAUAUGUUGCACCAAGAUCCUCUGUUUUUUUUAUGUUCCUUACUUCGCUUCAGUUUAGUUUAUUUUAUUUUGUGGUGAGAACUAGGAAGCCAUGAAAGUCUUUUUACUAUCCUUUUGUCAUCCUCUUAAGAUUAAGUAGAAGACUAGUAAGAGAAACGGAAUCACACCAAAGAAAUAUUUGAGGGUAAG